AUGGCUGGUUUUCCAUCUUUAUCAUACCUUGUUUUGAUAAUCCCUUUUGUCACUUCAUUGUCCUUCAAUUUUGAUAGUUUCAAUCGCAAUGAUCAGAAUUUAACAUAUGAAGCAGAUGCUUAUUCAGAAAACGGUGUAAUUCAGCUCACCAAAAAUGGUUUAAACUUCAGUAUAGGCCGAGCUACAUAUUCUAAAACACUCUAUCUUUAUGACAACACCUCUGGAAAUGUCACAGAUUUCUCAACGCACUUCUCCUUUGGAAUCAAUUCAGACGGCAGAAACUUAUAUGCUGAUGGUCUUACCUUUUUCCUCGCCCCUGCAGGUUCAGUAAUUCCUGAUAAACACUUUGCCGCAGGAGAGGGACUUGGCCUUGCAAGUGAUAAUCGACAAUAUUCAUGGAGAAAUCACCAUUUUGUUGCUGUGGAAUUUGACAUCUAUACCAACUCUUAUGAUCCACCGGGUGAUCAUGUAGGUGUCGAUAUCAACUCCAUGCAAUCUGUUGAUCAUGUGACCUGGUUUAGUAGCAUUCCCAAUGGUACAAAAACUGAUGCCUGGAUUAGUUAUAAUUCAAUCUCAAAAAAUCUUAGUGUUGUCUUCACUGGUUUCCAAAAACAAGGGAAUACUACAGUCACCGUCCUGCAGAACCUAUCUUACAAUCUUGAUCUGAGGGAAUACUUGCCAGAAUGGGUCACUUUUGGCUUCUCAGGUGCAACAGGAAACUUCACUGCAAUACAUACCAUAUAUUCUUGGAAUUUUACUUCUUCUUUGAAAUAUAAUGACAACAUAACAGAUCCAGAUGUACCCCUACCAAACCCUGUGCCAGAUCCAGAUAUACCCCUACCAGGCCCUGUGCCAGAGGAUACUUCAAGCAAAAAUAAGUCAGGACUAGUGAAAAUACGUACUCCAAUAAAUCUUAAACACUCUCUCUAUAUUUAG